AUGGAACUUGAAAAUCGAAUCAAGGAGUUGGAAACGAUGGAAUUUAUAGAAUUUAUAGAAUUUAUAGAAAUAAAAUUAGUAACAGAAAAUGUAAACGAUAAAGUUAAUAAUUUACCUAAUAUAACCAAAC